GCGGCAGACCGGCAAACCUCGCGCCACACGCGAUGAGGUGAAGAAUUGCAAGCUGUUCGGGGCUGGCCGACGGAGCGAGGACGCGACCUGGGUCCACCAAAAUUCGACCUCUGACCCACGGUUGCUUCAGCAUAGCGGCAUGCCAUGGACUUGGACACUUUCACGUUCCUGCUGGACGCCGGGUUUCACUUCGUGUACGCCGUGACGUCAGCUAUCGAGUUCAUCAUCUACUUCAACAACGGUUUUGGCAGCACAGCCGACGUCUUCGGGCUCGCCUUCUGUGCCGUCGUUUUCGUCUUCCACGCGCUCCAGCUCAGGUUCUAUCAGCAGCACAUCACCAUACAGCAGGUGAACGCGCCCCAGUGAGCCAAGAUGGCCGCCAUGGAGGCGGACAUGCAGCAGCUGGACGCCAUCUUCCACAUCUACUGCGCCUUCUGUGCCGUCAUCAAGGUCCUCGGUGUUUUGUUCGCCAGUGGGAAGGACGAUUUCCGCGUCGCCAACUUCGUACGCCACUUCGUGCUGCUGGCGUUUCACGGCUUGAGACUUCGACAAAUGUGAUGCUCAAUAUGAAGACCAGGCAAGACACGGACAUCGGGCCUAAUCUUUUUGAUCAGCAGCAACGGACAAGCGUUACCGCUGUCUGCGUUGUAGAUAAGUCGAGCGGAAAGGGUGGGACCCACUGCCCCGCCAGCAGCAGCGGCCGAGGCCAUGAGCCUGUUGCGAUGGGAGACGCUGUUCUUUCUGAGCGACGAGGUGUUCCACAUGGUUCGGGCCGCCUCCGACCUGGGCGUGGUGAUGGACGCCUGCGUGUACGGCAUCCCCAGCAUGACCGCCCUGGUGCGCGUCAUGGCCUCGCUCUUCCUGGUCGCCUUCCACGCGCUCUACCUCGGGCCCCGGUCGUCGCUGGCUUCGGACGCGGCCAUAUUCUUCGGCGACAUGCAGUUUCACUUCUUCCACAUGCUGCUCUGCACCUGGCAGUUGGUGUACUACCUGUGGACGACGCAGAAGAGGAAAGCGCGCACCUACGUGUAUCAUUGGACCUGCUUCCUCUUCCACACCGGCAUUGUGUGGUUCUACACGAGCGGCAUUACGGUGAGCAUCCGCGUGCAGUUAGUCAAUGGUCCAGGGGCAAACGAUGCUCCCGUACCGGUGCCGCCACCAAUGCCGCCGGUGCCGAACCCCGAGGCCGUAGCCAUGGCCAUCGCGGCCGCGCGGGCUGUCGACGCCGCCGCAGGGAGACUCGACUCGCAACACCGAGGGAGCGCCGCGUCGUCGCCGAGGGGCGGCAGCCCGCGGUUCGGCUCGGGCUCCCCGCGGCGGAACAGCUCGCGCUCUUCGUCGCGACGCGACUCGACAGUGGAGCAGGAAGCUCUCGUAACAAGCUUUUCGGAGCCGAGGAGGCUGCCACCCGAAGACAGCGGGGCGGAAGAGAUGUUUGGCUCCGUUACCCAAACCCUGUCGGGCGCCUCGACGUCGGGUUCUUCGAAAACGGCUAUAGUGCCGUACGUGGAGCGCCCACUGAUCCCGAGGAACGACGCUCCCGGCCAGCCCGAGCAAAGCCCCGUCGUCCAACAGGCUCGUACAUCGAAUCCGUCAGGCGCAGCCGUCUGCUUGGCCGGAGUCGAUGUGCAGCCCGCCACGGCAUCGUCAGAGCCCGCCGCAAACGAAGCGCGUGGCACUUCUGCUCCAGGCGCUGCUGAAAGCCUCACCAGAGGUGAAAUUAAGGGUCACGUGCAGAGUCCUGCUUCCCCAGAUGUCGCCCCUGGCAGUGUUGAUGGCGCUUCCGCAGGCCCUGCCACUGCUAAUGACCGUCUACAAAGUCCAGCUACGGAAGAAGACUUCGAGUCAGCUUCGCGUGCUGCUGCUCGAGACUCCGCAACAACCAUGACCUACUGCAGUUCGGAGCUGGUGGUUGACCUUGCCGAGAGUUCUGUCAAAUGUCCCACUUUAGGUAACAAAGCCGGCACGUCUCCGACGUUGGCUAAAGUGUCAUCACUCCCUGGUCCGUCUUGCAGCCGUGGCCAGGACAUGGCGAAAAAGUCAGAGAGUUCUCGUGAGCAAUCGGCCAAGCAGUCGCCUUCAACGUCCCGGAAGUCAUCCUCGCCCUCGGCCACCCCUUUUAAAUCUCCUACUGGAAUUCAAGGUCCUUCUUCUCUUGGCUCCCCUUCUGGGUACGCUCAAGCCAUAGAGGAGCCACAGCGUUCUCCUAAAGAAUCGCAGUCGGCUAAACAGUCCCCAACAACGUCGAGGAAGUCAUCCGGUUCGGACAACCUUUUCAAAUCUCCAAUCGGGGCUCAGUGCUCUUCCAGAGGGUCGCCUUCCGGACGCGUCCAAGAGCCAGUGGAAAGACCCGAGCGUUGUCGGGAACAAUCUGCCAAGCAUUCAUCCGCAGCGUCGCUGAAGCCUUCUGCUCCGGCUACCCCUUCCGAAUCUCCUGAGUGACUCAAACCGAGCCCGCUGCCAAAUUUACCUUCACCGAGGACUUGUGCUUCCCGGGAUUAUGCCUGACAGGCAGGCGGUUGAGACGUCGUCUCAACAGACGUUCCAGACGUCGUCUUAUAGCUUUAGAAAGAGCGUGUAGUCCCGUGUCAUUAAGCAGGAGGGGUAACUACUUUUAAGGAAAGCUGCGUUUUUUAAAGGCCUGCGCGUCGAGCGAAUUGUCGUUACAGUCAGCAGGAGAUUUUUUUUUUUUUGAUCGCGCAUAAAGGUCAGUCGCGAAAGUACACGCUAGGAGAUGCCUGCCGUUAUCAAAAGCUAUAAACGGUUCCUGCAAACUCGCAUGAUACAGUGGGUUAUUCUGCCAUUUAGUGGAAAUAGUGAUCUAAAUGCUGAUGCGGACUUCAAACAUGCGAAUUUCGUUUUCUCUUCCUUAAACAUUCAAAUUAAAUUGUG